AUGUUUACCUCUCUCUCUUUAUCUGUCAUGUUUACCUCUCUCUCUUUAUCUGUCAUGUUUACCUCUCUCUCUUUAUCUGUCAUGUUUACCUCUCUCUCUAUCUGUCAUGUUUACCUCUCUCUCUCUUUAUCUGUCAUGUUUUACCUCUCUCUCUUUAUCUGUCAUAUUUUUUUACUCUCUCUCUCUUUAUCUGUCAUGUUUACCUCUCUCUCUCUUUUAUCUGUCAUGUUUACCUCUCUCUCUUUAUCUGUCAUGUUUACCUCUCUCUCUUUAUCUGUCAUGUUUACCUCUCUCUCUCUUUAUCUGUCAUGUUUACCUCUCUCUCUCUUUAUCUGUCAUGUUUACCUCUCUCUCUCUUUAUCUGUCAUGUUUACCUCUCUCUCUUUAUCUGUCAUGUUUACCUCUCUCUCUUUAUCUGUCGUGUUUACCUCUCUCUCUCUUUAUCUGUCGUGUUUACCUCUCUCUCUCUUUAUCUGUCAUGUUUACCUCUCUCUCUCUUUAUCUGUCAUGUUUACCUCUCUCUCUCUCUUUAUCUGUCAUGUUUACCUCCUCUCUCUCUCUUUAUCUGUCAUGUUUACCUCUCUCUCUCUCUUUAUCUGUCAUGUUUACCUCUCUCUCUCUCUUUAUCUGUCAUGUUUACCUCUCUCUCUCUCUUUAUCUACCAUGUUUACCUCUCUCUCUCUCUUUAUCUACCAUGUUUACCUCUCUCUCUCUCUCUUUAUCUACCAUGUUUACCUCUCUCUCUCUCUCUUUAUCUACCAUGUUUACCUCUCUCUCUCUCUUUAUCUACCAUGUUUACCUCUCUCUCUCUCUCUUUGUCUACCAUGUUUACCUCUCUCUCUCUUUGUCUACCGUGUUUACCUCUCUCUUUAUCUACCGUGUUUACCUCUCUCUUUAUCUACCGUGUUUACCUCUCUCUUUAUCUACCGUGUUUACCUCUCUUUAUCUGUCGUGUUUACCUCUCUCUCUCUCUUUAUCUGUCGUGUUUACCUCUCUCUCUCUCUCUCUCUCUCUGUGUUUAUCUGUCCGUUUACCCUCUGUGUUUAUCUGUCACGUUUACCUCUCUGUGUUUGUCUGUCACGUUUACCUCUCUGUGUUUGUCUGUCACGUUUACCUCUCUGUGUUUGUCUGUCACGUUUACCUCUCUGUGUUUGUCUGUCACGUUUACCUCUCUGUGUUUAUCUGUCACGUUUACCUGUCUCUCUCUCUCUCUGUUUACCCCUUUGA